AUGAAUGCGACGAAACGGAAAUUCAAUGCCAUUAUCCAGGGCAUUGGAAAUAGGCCCUCGUCACCGGCUAGCAACGCUUCAAAAGACGAGAGCCCGACGCCUCGAGGCUCGAUUCCAUCAGCACCAUCAACUCCGGGCUCCAUGAGUGCCGACGCAGACCUGCUGUCGAAGCGCCGCCGUGUGGGCAUCCCCGGCUCGACGCUCGAAACAAAGGGGCCCACCUCGAUAUCAAACGUUGUGCUGCGAAAAUGGAACUCGACCAAGAAACAGCCCGAGGCCCAGCCCCAGCCGAGAGCUCGUAAACUGGGCGCCCAAGCCGGACCGGACGAGAAACUGGUAGACAAGUACGCGGAGCUCAUCGUCGAGGCCCACCAGGAGGACUGUCUUUGGAAAAAGCGAGGAUGCGAAGACUCUUUACUACGGAUAUCAUUCAGCAACGCGACUGCUAAUCUCGAGUCGCUCCGGGCCAGAUACGACGAACUCUGCGCGAGGAAACCGUUUCUUCCCUAUGAGUUCAACCUAAAACUUCCGGAAGAGAUUGACGUUGACGCGCUUCUAUCGCAGCUCCCAACUGAUUUCUUUUCAAAUCCGCCACCACCCAAGGAUACCUCGGACCCAGCAUCACCGAACAGAGCGGCUCUUGUCCUAGCACACAUGGGAUGGCAGGGACUAUCCGACCCGCGCAUAGGCGCAGUGCCUAACUCGGCGUCAUGCCACAGUUGCUUGCGGCGACUGGGAUUAUGGAUGUUCAAGAGCAAAGAAGUCGGCCCGGACAACGAGGUUAUUGUGCCGGCCCCCAUGGAUCAUUUAGAUCCAAUCAAAGAACACCGCUUCUUCUGUCCCUGGAAGAACGCCCACACACAACAGCUGUCGAGCUCGCGGUCUAAUGCUGAUCGCGAUUUCCCGGCCUGGAAACUGCUUUCUCAAUCCCUCCGAAAUGAGGCGUACCUAAGGGGGUGA